CGGAAAAACAUAGUAGAGAAUUGUUUUCUUUUGGUGCCUCAAAACCCAGUUUGACAGGUUUCACUUGUUUGGUCAGCUGUGGGUGUUUCUAAAAAAGAAAAUGGUUUCAUUGUCUUAGGGAAAAACGGCCCUUCAUGAAUGAGGGUAUUCCAUUCACUUGUGAAUGCUUUGCGCAAGGUCUCGAUAACCCACUGCAGGGAAAUCAAGUUAGGAGCCUUGGCAGACGUUUACUGUGCGAACAAUAUCCUAAACGGGUACGCGAGAUGUCAACACCUGUGCCUUGCCCACCAGGUGUUCGACGAAAUGCCCCACAGAGACACCGUGUCUUGGAACACGAUUAUUGCUGGAAAUGUGAACUGCGGGGAGUUCGAGGCCGCGUGGGAGAUACUAAGAAGCAUGAGAAGAUGUGGGUUUGAUUUUGAUGGGUAUACAUUUGGAAGCAUACUUAAGGGUGUCGCUUGUGCUCUUCGAUACGAUCUUGGGCAGCAAGUGCAUUCCUUGGUUGUUAAGGUAGGUUAUGCCAGUAAUGUUUAUUCUGGAAGUGCUCUUUUGGACAUGUACGCGAAAUGUGGGAGAGUCGAGGAUGCAUAUGUGAUCUUUGAAUCAUUGCCGCAACGCAACUCUGUUUCGUGGAAUGCACUCAUUGCUGGUUACGUGCAAGCAGGUGAUCGCAGCACGACGUUUUGGCUAUUACAUUGUAUGGAGCAGGAGGGUAUGCUGCUGGAAGAUGGCACAAUUGCUCCACUUUUGACAUUGCUUGAUGAUGCUGAGUUUUAUGAGUCCUUGGUACAGAUCCAUUGUAAAAUUAUUAAACAUGGGCUGGGAUGUGAAAGUACGGUCUGCAAUGCCACAAUCACUUCCUAUUCAGAAUGUGGGUCAAUAGAAGAGGCCGAAAGAGUGUUUGAUGGUUCUUUUGGUAAAAGAGAUUUGGUGACAUGGAAUUCCAUGCUAGCAGCGUACUUGGUUCACGGAAAAGAACAACUUGCUUGCAAACUCUUCUUGGACAUGCAAAGGCUUGGGUUUGAACCAGAUAUCUACAGUUAUACUAGCAUCAUCACUGCUUACUCUGAAGAGGUACACAAGAAUCAUGGGAGAUCCUUUCAUGGACUGGUCAUAAAAAGGGGACUAGAAAAAUCCGGACCAAUCUCUAAUGCGUUAAUUGCUAUGUAUCUCAAGUCAUGUAACAAUUCCUUGGAGGAAGCACUACAUAUCUUUGAAUCCUUGGAGUUUAAGGACCGUGUUUCUUGGAACUCCAUUUUGACUGGGUUUUCGCAGAAUGGGUGGAAUGAAGAUGCCUUGAGAUUAUUUGGGCAUAUGAGAUUUGGAGAGGUGGAGGUUGAUCAUUAUGCCUUCUCAGCUGUACUUCGGUCUUGCUCAGAUUUAGGAACCCUCAACCUGGGUCAACAGGUUCAUGCUUUGACACUUAGAUCAGGGCUUGAAUCCAAUGAGUUUGUAGCUAGUUCUUUGAUCUCUAUGUAUUCCAAGUGCGGGAUCAUUGACGAUGCUAGAAAAUCGUUUGAAGAGACUCCUAAAGAUAGCGCAAUCACUUGGAAUUCGAUUAUUUUUGGAUAUGCACAAAAUGGGCAGGGAUAUGUUGCACUGGACCUCUUCUCCCAAAUGAAGAAGGAAAAGGUGAAACUUGAUCACAUAACAUUUGUGGCAAUUCUAACUGCUUGUAGCCACGUGGGUUUGGUUGAACAAGGAUGCAAGUUUCUAAAUUCUAUGAAAUCUGAAUACACAAUUGCACCACGAAUGGAGCAUUAUGCUUGUGCAGUAGAUCUAUAUGGGCGCGCUGGGCAUAUAGAUAAGGCAAAAGCCUUGAUUGAAGAAAUGCCAUUUGAACCUGAUGCAAUGGUGUGGAAGACUUUACUGGGUGCCUGCAGGGCUUGUGGCAAUAUUGAAUUAGCAAGUCAAGUAGCAGACUAUCUGCUAGUGCUAGAGCCUGAAGAGCACUGCACUUAUGUUCUUCUUUCUGACAUGUAUGGACAUCUUAAAAGGUGGGAUGCUAAAGCUAGUGUAAAGAAGCUUAUGAGGGAAAGGGGUGUUAGGAAAGUCCCUGGUUGGAGUUGGAUAGAACUCAACAAUGAGGUGCAUGCAUUUAAAGCUGAAGAUCAUUCACACCCUCAGUGUGAAGAGAUAUAUUUUGUAUUGGGAAUUCUAAUGGAGGAAAUCAAAAGGCUGGACAUUGUUGCUAAUCUAAAACAGUCUUUGGGUGAGGGAGAUGACAGUGGGACUUGAGGAGGUUUGGAAGUUAAAAAUACCCAGUUGCUAAAUGUAGCAUUGGCCAACUUUUAGGGGAGGGACUUCAAUUUAACAGGUUAUUUAGCUACGUACUAAAAUUAUGCCUGGUGAGGCAGUACUUUCAAAUUCUUUCUGCCCAAUGAGAGACGACUAUUGUGCCCUUGCUCAAUUUUCUCCAGAUUCGAGUUGUCUUCUUCCAGAUUUAUAACUGCAACAAUUUUUGGAUUUUCUCAUCCAAGUUUCUGUGCAUAGUAAGAUCGAAGUUUUGCUAUUGCUGUUUGAUUAAUAGCUAGAUCACAGUUAUACAAACUGCUUCUCCAAUAAGAGGCACCCUGUCAAAGAUGUGGUUUACAUGCAAUGGUUUACACCAACUAAGACUAUAGCAGCCUCGUCAAAAGAUUAUACUUAAAAUCAGCAUAGUUCUUUCCUUUUUUUUCCUUUCUUUUUUUCAUCUACAGGUUACAGCUUCUGUGUUCCUUAUCUCUUAGAAAUUAUGUCUUCCUAUUGCUUUCCCUCUUACUCAAAUAUAACUAAAUAAAUGGCCACACGGAUGUCGGUGGCAAUGCCAUAUGAUUGUAUGACCAAUUCAUGAAACAAUUCCUUCCUAUGUAGACUACAGGUUCCACAAUCUUCAAUUCUGGCACCAUAGUAGUCAAGUCUAUAGCAUAAAGGAUAAGAUUCCAUUGGAAUAUUUUGAACUUUCAACUGAAUUGAUUGAUGUUGAUUAGUUGAAAGAUUUGUAGUUUCCAUAGAACUUUUAGGCUGUAUGAUCUGAUGCUGAAGAAAUUCAUGUCAAGGUCAGGAUUUCACGCAGCGUUUGGCAAAAUGACCAAGGGAAUUAUUCCCAAUUGAUUUGAGGGAGAAAGGUUUGUGGACUCGAAAUAUAGAGUUUAAAUUCCAUCCAGGAGGCGUAAUUUACAUUUUUCACCAAAGAGGGAAUUCUUAUAUCAAUAUAUUAGAGAGGGGAAAUUGGUCUGCCAGUUAGCCUCUUGUCUUCCAUUUAAAUAGGACUACUUGUAGAAAUAUUGCAGGCUUCAUUCCUUUUUGAGUUUUCAAUUUCAUUUGCCUUUGUCUGUUUU